GAAAACUAAUUAAAGUAGUGCAUUUGCACACCAAAUCACCAAUAUAAUCAAACAACAACUUAACAAUGGCAUGCUUAAACAUGCAAGUCAAAAAUGAAAAACAAGGAGGCUUCAUGGGCCCAAGAAUCUCAUUCUCAAAUGAUUUCAUUGAUUCAAACCACCAUGAAAUCAGCAGUAGUUAUAGAGAAGCUCCGGUUUCUUCAGAUUUCGAGUUUUCGGUGCCCACUUUCUCUUCAAACUCUGCAGAUGAAGUCUGCUUCUUUAAGGGCAAACUUCCACCAGUGAAAGAGAACAUUAAUAAGGUGAUGACACUGAGAGAUGAGCUUCUUGCAGGUGAAGAAGAUAACCACGGUAUGCUGUUGAACAACAACAACAAUAAGAAUAAUUCAUCAACAACAGGAUGGUGGAAAGAGAAGUUUGGACUAAGGAAAAGCCAUAAUGCCAAGAGUAGUAGUAGUAGUGAUCACAAGAAUCUUGGAGGUUUAGAGACCAUUGAUGAAGCAAAGAUCAAACCUACUUUUCACAAUCCCAAUUUCACAGGAAGCAAUCGCUACAAGUGAAUUUCUCAAGAGGAAAUUAAGGAAUUAUAAUGGAGCAGUUUAUUAAUAUUGGGGGUGAAGGAUUUAUUAUUAUUAUUUUUUUUUGCUCUAUUUUAUUUUGGGUAUUUUCCUUGCUCGUUAAUCUGAUAAGUAUUAGUUUAAGAUAUUAAUUAUGUGUGUAGCUAGCUAGACAAGGCAUUUAACUGUUUCUGUAUUUUGUACAAAUAUUUGCAGUUGAAGGAAUUUCAAUCCCUUUUUUU